AUGGUCCUGCGGAGUCCUGGCUGGCAGGCCGACAACCUCACCGCUCGCCAGCUCGUGCUAGCCGAUGCGCCCGCAGCCGCGCUCCGUCUGCGGAUGGCAGCGAGACCGCGUGAGGUCGUCGAGCGUCAACUGUAUCUGUGGGAGACAGAUCCUGAUACGGAAGAGGAGGACGAGGGGCCUGAUGUUGACUACUUGCAUGUGCUCUGGCUGGCUGUCAAAGGACCGGACAUGGCUCCGCCGACCGGUGUUGACAACGUGCAGGCGAUUCUCGACAUGGCACCGCACGCAGCACAGCUGCUCGGCCCCGAUGGCGACCUGCCACUUCACCGCGCUGUGCGGGCGCAUACGUGUCUUGGCGAACCAAACGCGUGGUAUCUCCCGAUGGUGUCUCUCCUCAUUGGGUCCUACGGUGCUGCCGUCAUCGCGCACGACGAAGAUGGUGCGACGCCGCUGCAUCAUGCAGCCAUGGACUUGCAGAUCGACAUGCUUCUUCGUGCGCACCCUGACGCCGUGUACACCCAAAGCAAAUCAACGCGAGAGACGCCGCUCCACCUCGCUGUCCGAUUCCGAUACCCGCCGGCCAUCGUCAACGUGCUGCUUGCGGCGGACGCUGAGAAGAGGAGCAGCAGGCUGCGCGAUUUUUGGGGCAACCUGCCGCAUGGUGCGCUCACCUUUUUCUACAUCAACCAACUGUGGUCGCUCUCGAACGUCUGCACUUUCUUCGUGAUGUACUUUUCGUCGUAUGAGCAGCAGCUCACGGCGUGCCGCUUGCUUGAACGCGGCGACAUCGACGCCGUCGAGGCGCGUGCGAGGGAGCUCGGGUGCGAUGGCAUCGAGGCGAGGCACCACACGCUACUCGGGGUGAUGGGAACCCUUCUCAUCCAGCUGUGGAUCUCGUGCUACCUCGCGAGGACGUACAGUGAGACGCUGCAAGACUUGGCCAACGACGCUGACGACGCGGCGCUGGUGCAGUUUGUGUGGGCUCGUCGGCGCGAGACGUGGCAGCAGCUCCGGCGUUUCGAGGACGUGGUCGGGCGGCAGUUUGAGGAACUGCGUGCGUCGCUCGUCUCAAAGCAGAGCUUGCGUGCCGGGUCCUUUCGAUAA